AUGCCCAAUAUCUGGACCAAUAUAUCCCUUCGCGCCGCUCGCCAUCCCCGGAUAUUAGAACACAUUCUUUCCCGGUCUACACACUAUCACAUUGACGUCAGAAUCGACUUCAGUGAACAACGAUUUUUCUCAACCUGUGAUGCUGAAGCCCCCGAUUUUCGUGACACCUUCGAGGCAAUCGUGCUUCACAUCAAGCGCUUGCGUAAACUUACAAUCACCGCGCGGAAUCCUAUCAUCCAUGCAAUUGCGAAGCACCUCAAAUAUCGCACUAUGCCCAAACUCGAGCAUCUGGAGAUCAUCCAGUGCGAUACGGGUCCGGUGUCCUUCUUUGGACCUUUCCUGGUUGAUCAAAGCGCGUUUACAUCUCUCCGACUCGUACGAACAGCUGCUACCUUCGGAGACGCCUCCCUACUUCAAGGUAUCCGCACUCUCGAUUUGGUCGAGUCUUCAGGUCGAUUUCUCGACCAAAACGCACACAUCGACUAUAGGUUUCCGGCUAGUCAGCCGGUACCAUGCAUGAACAAGCUCACAAGGCUCAGUAUAACGGAUACAGAGCUCUUCGUGAACGUUAUCAACCCCCUCGUCUCUAUAAAACCCGCGUUCACCGUUUCGCAACUCACCCAUCUCACAUUGUCCCGACUUAAAGUCGCGGCUUCCCCCGACUCUAUGGCUGCGUUCAUCAGGCUUUAUAACAUGACGUAUACCUCCCGUUUGGAGGAGCUGUGUUUGGAUAACAUCCAUGAUAACGCUCUUGAGAUUCUUCAGCAGAUGAUUGGCGCGCCGUAUCCGAAGUAUCCGCUUUUGAAAUCGUUGGGGCUGUCGUCCCUUCCUGUUAAGGAUUUGAGGAGAGAGUUUUAUGUUGCUUUUCCGGCGGUUGAGACGCUUAUGCUGAGUGAUGUCGAUCCGAGUUCUUUGUUGGUCGCGAAAACGCGAGACCCGCACGUUCUUCCGUUGUUGAAACGUGUCACGUUUAAUGGCAUUGAUUUGAGAGUAGGGGAUGAGGUUCGAACGAUUUCUAUCAGAUGA